ACAGGAAUUUUCUACAAAUUGGUGAUUUAAAAAAAAAUUAAUUUCCAAUGAAGCAAAAUACAAUUGUGCAGGGGGCAGCAAAACUAGGAAAUACAUAUAGCUUUGAAUUCUCAAAAGAAAAAAAGGUAAUAUUCUGGCUAAUCUUAGGAGUUGCUUGUAACACAAACAGAUGAAAGAUUUUCAGCUGAAAAAGGGUUUUCAGGUUUAUGCUGUUCCUUUAAGAGAGGCUUCCAUACCUCUCUCAGCAUCUGCAGGCUGAUUAUAGAUCCUAUUGGAGGGCUAACGUUUUCUGUUAAGUCUGUAGUGCUGCUGGAUCCCCUUACCUCUCAUCUCACAGCUUCCAAAAACUCCAAUAACUUCAGAGUGGACAGGGAGUAUGCCCAUGGCUUCCUCUGCCACAAGAUCCUCUUCGAGGGGCAUUAUGGCCUGACCUUUCCCUGGAAGCAGGAUCUUCAGUGCCACGUGAAUUUCUCUCUCGGUUUGGUCUGCUGCCAACUGGCUGGGUGCACGUCUGUAUAAAAAUCUCUGGAGUGCAGGAGGAUGACAGGAAACUUCACACUCACUCAGCUAAAGAAGGAUUCCUGCCAUGAUUUCUGCACCACACCUGCCACACCUCAAUGAAAGGCAAAGAAUGGAGUGCCAAAGGGAGAAGGAGCUCUGUGAAAACCAGUGUGAACCUGAACGCUGCUCAAACUGCUCUGAUUGUUUGACAACAGCAUCAGAAUCCAACUCAGAUUCGCCAAUAACCCUUAAAAUACUUCAGAAGUGGGCUCCUACAAUAUCCCCCUAUUUCGAUAAAGAGCAUUACUGUUACGUAGGCCAGCAGAUCACUAUUCAAGAAUCAAUAGACUACUUUGGAGCUAUAGUUUGGCCUGGUGCAUUGGCUUUAUCUCAAUACCUGGAAUCACAUCAACACGAGAUCAACCUCAGAGACAAAAAAGUUCUUGAAAUUGGUGCUGGAACAGGCCUGGUUUCCAUUGUGGCCAGUAUACUAGGAGCCUAUGUUACAGCUACUGAUUUGCCUGAAGUUCUUGAAAAUCUCAAUUUUAAUAUUUCAAAAAAUACACAAAACUUGAAUGUACACAAGCCUGAAGUGAGAAAACUGGUGUGGGGAGAAGACCUCAAUGAAGAUUUUCCUAGAUCAACUUACCAUUAUGAUUUGAUUUUGGCAAGUGAUGUUGUUUAUCACCAUGCAGCUCUGGAGCCACUGCUUACAACAAUGGUAUAUUUUUGUCAGCCAGGGACCGUGUUAUUAUGGGCAAACAAAUUCAGAUUCAGAGCUGAUUAUGAAUUUUUGGAAAAGGUUAGCGAUAUUUUCAAUGUAAAACUACUAGCAGAAUUUCCAGAAUCAACCAUCAAGCUGUUUAAAGUUACAGCAAGAGAGAAUUAGAGAGGAAACAAUGAAGGGAAUAACAGCAUUGA